UCGGGUGUGCGGAUGCCUGCGGAUACAUAGGGGUACGUAAACACUAUUACGUAGGAGUUACGUAUGUUUAACGUAUUUUUGACAUAUAUAUUGCGGAUCUUACGAUAGGACUUGCGUAUGCUUGCGGAUGGGAUACGAAUAUUACGGAUGGGAUACGGAUGUUACGGAUUGGAUAUGUAUGUUACGGUUGAGAUACGGAUAAUAUGCGGAAUUUUUACCUAUGUCUUCUUUCAUUUCGGCGGAUGUCGCCCAUGCCAAAUGGUCUUCACUUGGGUAUGCAACCCUGGAUGCUGCCAGCAUCCUCAUCAUUGUCAGUUCUUCAACUGUAGACUUUCACAGGUCACUCAAGAUGGAGAGAGAACACCGCCUUGUGUUGCUGGAUUGUUUGAUGGCCAUCCAACACAAUCAGAUGCAGAUGAAGAUCCUGAUGGCCAAGAUGCAAGCCAUCCUUGAAAGGAGAAAAGAGAGGAUGUGUUGGGUUCGUCACUGGAUCACAUUGCGACCACACCAGGGUGCCUAUGGUAACCUGAUGCACCUGCUACGCAAUGAGGAUGUUCAGGGCUUCCGCAACUUCACCCGCAUCACACCUGCCAUGUUUGCCGAAAUGGUCACCCGCCUCACUCCUCGCUUACAGAAGUAUGAUACCUGGUACAGGAAGGCCCUUCCAGUAGGCUUGAAGGUCGCCAUCACCAUGCGCUACCUUGCCAGUGGGGACUCCUACCACAGCCUGAUGUACCUAUUCUAUGUACCCCACAACACCAUCUCACUCUUGGUGUUGGACGUGUGUCAGGCCAUCUACGCUGAGUAUGGCGAGGAGACCAUCAGCAACCCAUCUACUCCAGAGGGGUGGAAGGGCAUUGCCCAGACCUUCUCCGACCGGUGGAACUUCCACCAUUGCCUGGGAGCCUUAGAUGGCAAGCACAUCCGCAUCAAGGCACCCGCGAACUGUGGCUCCCAGUUCUACAACUAUAAGGGGUACAACUCGAUUGUACUCCUUGCCCUGGUUGAUGGCAACUACAAGUUCCGGUGGGUGGAGGUGGGAGCAGGUGGUGCGAGUUCUGAUGCCCAGAUUUGGAACACGUGCAGUCUGAAAGAGGCAAUUGACGAUGAGAACAUUGGAAUACCACCAGAUGAGCCACUGCCUCAUGACGAUCGAGACAUCCCUUAUUUCGUGAUUGCUGACGCUGCAUUUGCACUACGCACCACCCUGAUGAAGCCUUUUGGUGCCAAGCCACUGACCAUGGAGGAGAGGAUAUUUAACUAUAGACUGUUGUGGCUGCUCACUCACUGGAGGAUUCUUCCUGGUUUUUCUGCUACUUCUUCUGCCAGACAUGAUGCACACGAAAGUCCAAAAAGAUGGAGAAGAAACUGUUGAAUAACUGGAACUAGAUCUCAGACUUGAUGAAAUGCGACUGAAGCAAGCUCCGAUCCACGUGGGUUUAUAUGCGGAUGGUGCGGACGCCAGAGGAAGCCGACAUGCGCAGACACGAGCGUAACUUAUCCGUAUCGUCCGUAAGUCAUCCGUAUCGUCCGUAAGUCAUCCGUAAAAUCCGUAAGU